UAGGUGUAAAAAAUUUCAAAUGUAUAAACUUGCAGGCAAUAUGAAAAUCAGAACAAUUACAAAUGUAUCAACUGCUAAAAGUCAACAUUACAACAGCCAUAACAACAUCGACAGCAACAACAAGAAAGAUAGGGAAAUACGAAAAAGCAACAGCGCCAAAAUGCCAACGAUCAAAUUAGGGCAGCACAAAAAGCGGUCGCUCAUGCAUGCGCGAUUUGUAGGUGUGGAAAUAAACACCUCAAAAUUAUAUGCCAGCAGAAUUAAAGGAUGUGGCAGCAUAUGCAUAUGUGUAACUUAUGCAAGUCACCUCUUAUGUACACAUACCAUAUGUAGGUACAUUUUAUAGUAUUCACAUACUUACUUGCAUCGUUCGUACGUUGU